AUGGCUUGUCAAAUUAUCUUUCUCCUCAUCCUCAGCGGACUCACAGUUAAAACAAAUGGGCCAAAUACAAAGAAGUAUUCAAUCUCUGAUGACAGAGAACAAAGAAUCUUCACUGUGAAGAUCAGAGAUCUAAGAGAAGAUGGUUAUUACUGGUGUGCUGUGGAGAGAAAUGGCCAAAGAGAUAUUGGGGAUUACUUUCACCUGUCAGUCACCAAAGGUACACCCAGUCUCUACGUGGAUCAUCAGGAGUUUAGAGCCUCCAAAGGAGGAAACAUCACCUUCAAGUGUUACCAUGGCAGCUCAGGUGAAAGGCAGUGGUGCAGGUUGGGUGGGUCCUGCGUAAGAAAUUCAUCAGGAUCAAUAGAGGGAACAGAGGUGACCAUCAUUGCAGGAUCUACUAACUUUUUCACUGUGACGAUGAGUGGACUGAAGACAGAGAGCAGCGGCUGGUAUUUGUGUGACAGAGGAGACCUUCAGAUGCCUGUACAUCUAACUGUCACUGAGCAGCAUACAACCAUUUUCCAAUCACCAACCCCAGCUCACGAAGAACAGCACAGUGCUGGACCUGAUAAAUACCUCAACCCUCUGAGGUUGUUGGCCUGCCUUUCUGUGUCUUUGUUGAUCUGCUACAUGUGAAAAAGACACCGACAAAGAAAAGCAGAUUUGCAAACUCCAACAACGCUUGAAGAGGAGGGGACCUAAAGUAAUGUUUGGCACUCGAGAAGAACUUCCAACAAGGUUGAAGCGUGAACUGAAGAUAUUUUAGAUAGCGGUUUGGCACAGCACACGGAAAAUCUAUAAAUAUUAUCUCUGCUCGUCUGUUUGUUAAGCAUUGCAUUAUUUUUGUGAGCUGUUAUUUUUAUGUUGUACAGUAGCUUUCUCCUUGUUCUAAUUUUGUAUAUCAUGUACAGUUGCUGUUCUCCUA